GCAUUAGCCCCCACGUGAUUUCCCGAGACGCCUCACCUGGCUAACGCUGUGAAUAAAAGCAAGAGAGAGACGCAGGGAUGGGGUUAGGAGGAGAAUGAGGAGGCGGCGGCGGUCGUGACAGCUCUGGAUGUUGGCCAGCGUGGCUGUUCCACACUCACCUCGUUACCUCAAAUCACUCUCUGCCCUCACCUCGUCAGCUCAUCAUACUUCCUUACGUCACCUCACCACACUCCCUUACCCUCACCUCGUCACGCUCUCUCACGUCGUCUCAAUUCCGCAAGUCGUCUUUAACCUCAUCAACCUCAUCGCCUCCCCUCACCUGCUCUCACACCCGCUCAUCGCUCACCUCAUCUCGCCAUCGCCCCCCUCACUCCCUCCACCAAACCUCGUCGCUCACCUCAUCGUCUCUCCCUAACCUCUGUCAUCUCCCUCAUCUCGUCCCCCCCCCCUCAUCCCCCUCCUCUCAUCCCCCCCUCCACCUCAUCAACUCGUCGCUCACCUCGUUGCUCACCACAUCGUCUCUCCCUAGCACCGUCAUCUUUCUCAUCUCGUCGCCCCGUCACUCCCCUCACUCCCUCCACCUCGUCUCCCCGUAGACCCCGUCACCUCCCUCAUCUCCUCCCCUCGUCACCCCCCCCCCUCACUCCCUCCACCUCGUCCCCACCCCAACCUCGUCACUUCACCUCGUUACCGAGGAUGGCGCCGCAACUGAGAGGGACGACGCUGCGCUGGAGCGACACGAAGGCGCUCGCGGAGUUCGUGCGCGCACGCGGCCUCCAGCAGCUCGUGCGAGUCCUCACGCAGCGGGGCCACGGGGACCACCCGCUCCUCUGGGGCGACGAGGUCGAGUACAUGCUCAUCUCCUUCGAUCACACGGCACGCAGGGCCCGCGUCCUGUUCAACGCAGAGGAGCUGAUCAACGACUUGAGAGCCAUGGACGAGGAGGCCAACCCAGGGUACCCAUCGCGGUGGCACCUGGAGUAUGCAAGCUACAUGCUGGAGGGGAUCCCAGCACAGCCUUACGGAAGCUCCAUGGCUGAACUGACCAACGUGGAGCAGAGCAUGAGGGUGCGGCGGAGGGACAUGCUGGCUCGGCUGCGCUCGAACGAGACGAUAUGCUCCCUCACCACCUUCCCCAGACUCGGCUGCCCAGGUUUCUCUCAGCCCGAGUGUGUGCCCAAGCACCGAGAUGGGCAAUCCGCAUCCCUGUUCUUGCCGGACGAGGCUAUCAGCUACCACCCGCGCUUCAGCACGAUUACGAGGAACAUCCGCGAGAGGCGAGGAGAGAAGGUCGUGGUGAACGUACCGAUUUUCAGGGACAGAAACACUCCAUCCCCAUUCAUCGACCAAAUCCCGCACGGUGACGAGGAGGCGGCCAUCGCGAUGAAGGCUGACCACAUUUACAUGGACGCGACGGGAUUCGGCUUGGGAAACUGCUGCCUGCAGGUUACACUGCAGGCCAGAAACAUAGAAGAAGCGCGACAUAUCUAUGACCAGCUGGCUCCUCUGUGUCCCAUCAUGAUGGCCCUUAGCGCCGCCGCCCCCUUCUACCGGGGGCUCGUGUCGGAUGUUGAUUGCCGCUGGAGCAUCGCCUGCGCCGCAAGCGACGACCGCACGCGACAGGAAAGAGGGCUAGAGCCCCUGACAACGUGCAAGUGGCGAAUCCCCAAGUCGCGGUAUGACUCCAUUGACAGCUUCCUGUCACCCGGCGGAGCGCAGUUCAAUGACCUGGAGCUUCUCAAGGACGAGGACGUCCACCUGCAGCUCCUGGACGCAGGCAUCGAUCCGCUGCUCGCUCAGCACUUUGCUCACCUCUUCAUCCGCGACCCCCUCGUGCUGUUCUGCGAGAAGAUCCACGCCGACGAUGAUGAGAAUGAGGCCUACCACUUUGAAUGCAUCCAGUCCACAAACUGGCAGACAUUGCGCUUCAAACCUCCGCCGCCGAACACCAACAUCGGGUGGCGCAUCGAGUUCCGGCCGAUGGACUGUGUGGUGCAGGUGCAGCUCACGGACUUCGAGAACGCGGCGUACGUAGUGUUCGUGGUGCUGCUCACGCGCGUCAUCCUCUCCUAUGGCCUCAACUUCCUCGUGCCACUCUCCAAGGUAGAUCAGAACAUCAGGAAGGCGCAGAAGAGGAACGCUGUGCUGGAGGAGAUGUUUUAUUUCAGGAAGGACAUUCAGGCAGAGGUGGACACUCCGCCAGCAGAGGAGGUGGGGAUCCUCAUGAGCAUUGACACCAUCAUCAACGGCAAGGUAGGGGUGUUCCAGGGCCUCGUCCCCAUAGUCAACAGCUUCCUGGAGGAUAUGGAGGUGGACGUAGAGACUCGGUGCACGAUCUCCGACUACAUGGAGCUCAUCAGCAAGCGUGCGUCCGGCGAGCUGGGGACGAUGGCCCAGCGGCUUCGCGCCUUCGUGAGCGGCCACCCUGACUACGCACACGACAGCGUCAUCUCGGAGCGCGUCAACUACGACCUGAUGCUGCGCUGCGACGCCCUGGCGCGUUCGCGACCCCACCGCCAUGGCGUGGACCCCUUGCACGAGCUCAGCCACGGCGCUUUCCAGACUGGCUAGCUCACCACGCUCGCUACGCUCAGCGCACUUACCACGCCCACCAGGCUCGCAAUGCUCACCAUGCUCACUUCAUUCGCCAUGCUUACCUCGCUCACCGCACUCACCUCGGUCACCGCGCUCACCACACUCACCGCGCUCACCAAGCUUAUUGCACUCUCCUCACUCACCUUGCUCCCCGCACUCACCACGCUCGCCUCGCUCGCCACAAUCACCUCGCUCACAAUGCUCACCACGCUCACCACACUCACAAUGCUCACGACGCUCACCUUACUCCCUGCAUUCACCUCGCUCCUUGUACUCGCCACGCUCACCACACUCUGAUAAACCCAAAGGCCAGCGCCACGUCACCCCAGGAUAGCAGGGACCCUGUGACAUGUGGGCAAGACGCGGGCCAUGCUUCGUUUUCACAUGGCCCGUCACUUCACUUGAUUUAAAUUAAUUGUUCCACGUGGCGCUUCAUGUUAUAUUCAUAUAAUUGGAUGUAAAAAAAAGACAAGGCAAUUGUAGAAGUUUUGGUGGUCUGUGGGUUUCAGGUGAGGUCAGCAGGUGACCGUGUGUGCACCCUCCUCCACCCGUUGCAGACAAUUCAUGAAAUAAAAUGCUCAGAAAAUA